UGAUAGCCAUCGUCUUCUUCAGUCCAGUUUGUCCACAGCACAACACAGACCUACAAACAAAAUGUUCAAAUUGGUGGUGUUGUCCGCUCUUUUGGCUGUUGCCGCCGCUCGUCCCGGACUCUUGGCUCCGGCUGUCUACAGCAGUGCCGUCGUGGGCAGUGUACCCACCUCCAUCAGCCAUCAUAGUAGCUCGGUGGUCCACAGUGCUGCCAUCGCCGCCCCCGUCGUCCACGCCGCCCCUGUUGUACACGCCGCUCCCUUCGUGACUGCCCAUGCUGCCCCCAUCGUUGCCGCUCAUGCCCCAGUCAUCUCCACUUAUGCUGCUCACGCCGCUCCUCUCGUCUGUUUGCGGAAACGGCAGAUCUUAACAGCUUCGUUGUCCUUCAUACCACACCCAAUCUUCUAUAAAAACGCAGAAAUAUAUUGGUGCAUAUUCAGUCUUUACACAGCACAGACCUCCUUUAACAUGUACAAGCUGGUGGUGUUGUUCGCUACUUUGGCUCUUGCCUGCGCCAAACCUAGCAUUGGACAUGGGGCAGUUUCAUACACAGCCUCCAUCCCGACUGUAUCCGGGGCUGUAAGCCACCAGAGCAGAACCGAUUACGUCAGCAGCCCCGUCGUAACUUCUUACGCCGCCCCCGUCGUCAAAACCGCAGAAGUUGUCGCCGCCGCUCCCAUCGUCGAAACCGCCCCUGUCGUAAAGACCACCCUUCACGCCGGGCCAGCCGUCACUCACUACGCCUCCGUACCAGUCUCUGGAACGGCAUACACGAAAAACGUCCACUAUGCCGAAAAUGACGUAGUCACUGGAUACACCGCUCAGAUUUACAAACCUAAUUUGGCUGCUUUAGCCAAUACAAUCGAAGCUGCUGCCCCCGUUCAAGCCGUCCACACUGUUGCUCAUGUUCAACCUGAAGUCGUUGUCAAAAAAGUCGAAUUUGAAACUCCUGUUGUAAGCGAAGUACGCACUCCAGUCGUAGCUGCUGCUCCUGCCGUUUCAAGCUACUCAUAUUCCGUAGCCAGUCCAGCGGUGGAAACUAAAGUUGCAGCUGUUCCUGCCGCCCCUGCCGUCUCCUACUCUGUACCAGUCUCUACUGUCGAAAGCAGAGUUGCUGCCCCCGCCGCUACCAGCUACUCUUACUCUACUCAAACUAACACUGCUACCCCUGCUAAAGUCGUAGCUGCCGCUCCUGCUUUUUCUAGCUACUCCUACGCUGUACCAGCCCCUGCUGUCGAAACCAGAGUUGCUGUUCCUGCCACCGGCUACGCUUACAACACCGAAGCUAAAAUUGCCACUCCCGCAACCAGCUACGCUUACUCUACCGAAACCAAAGUCGCUGCUCCUGCUGCUGGAGUAGUAGCUACAGCUCCUGCCUUCUCCAGCUACUCCUACUCGGCUCCUGCCGUCCCUGCAACUAGUUACGCUUACUCCACUGAAACUAAAAUCGCUGCUCCUGCUGCUAGAGUAGUGGCUGCUGCUCCCGCCGUCUCCAGCUAUUCUUACUCAGCUCCUGCCGCCAGAGUUGUAGCUGCCGCCCCUGCAACUAGUUACGCUUACUCCACUGAAACUAAAAUCGCUGCUCCUGCUGCUAGAGUAGUGGCUGCUGCCCCCGCCGUCUCCAGUUACUCCUACUCGGCUCCUGCCGCCAGAGUUGUAGCUGCCGCCCCCGCAACUAGAUACGCUUACUCCACUGAAACUAAAAUUGCUGGUCCUGCUGCUAGAGUAGUGGCUGCUGCUCCUGCCAUUUCCAGCUACUCUUACUCAACCCCAGCUAUUGCCACCAGAGUUGCUGCUGUAGCUCCUGUUGCUGAAUAUUCUGCUGCUAUCGCAACUCCAGCUAUUUCCACUUAUGCCGUUCAAGCCCCGAUUUAUGGAACGAGAGUAACUAGUCCUGUUGUAGCUGCUAGAACUAUUAGCGUGCCCUCAAGCAUUGCGACUGAAGUACGUCAAUCUAGCGUCAAUCAAUGGUAAAUGUAAUGACUGAUUUUACAGCAUUUUUGUUGUGAAUUAAUUUAAUAUUGUAUUAUUGUAAAUACAAAAUAUAAUAGUCCAACAUCUACCAAUUGUCUUUUUCUGAAACAGGCUGUAAACGUGAACAGAUUUAAAUUAAAAAUAAAGCACAUGCACUUUG